AUGUUUUCACCAUCAGAGAAAGAUCACGGCGGCAUCUUCGAUAUUGGGGGAAGCGCUCUGGGACUCCGUAUACGUGAACGUCUGCUAGCUGCUCUCAGGUCGACCGACAAGGGCGGCAGGAAGCCGAAGCUGCCGGCUGAAAUUCUGUAUGACGACGAGGGGUUGAAGUUAUGGGGCGACAUUGUCAACUCCAAAGACUUCUAUCAAGCCGCGGACGAGGCUUCUCUUUUGCGGCAGAACGGGGAGGAAAUAGCACGGCUCAUCCGGGAUUCAGGCGCCAAGGAGAUUGUUGACAUCGGUGCAGGGCACGUACCCAGACUUCCUCAUGGACCUUCUCUGCCAGUGCCUGGUCUAGGGAUCAUCAGAGACACGAGAAAAGUCGAGUUCCUCCUUGAUGUGCUCGAAAAGACCGGGGGCCCAGUCACGUAUCUUAUGCUGGAUAUAUCCCGGGCGUCCCUGCAGGCAAACUUGGCCAGGCAAGUCGGAAUGUUUCCACGGCCGGAUUGCCGUACCAUCUGCCUCGGCCUUUUCGGGACGUUUGAGGACGGACAGCAAUGUAUCGGAGACAGGAACGCCGCCGACGACCGCCCCAUUCCCCGGAUCAUUUCUUCGCAUGGUUCUGUUCUGUGCAACGACAACGAGGAGGCGGCCAAAGAACAUCUGAAAGCUUGGACGGCCGUCCUGCGUCCCGUCGACAGGAUGCUGAUUGGAAUGGACGGCCAUGCGGCCAAGGACGAGGACCAGAAAAGGAAGAUAUGGUUAUCGUAUCACCCAGAGAAUGACUUGUACAAAACUUUCUUUGACAACGGUCGCAACAAACUGAACAAACUACUGGGCGACAAUAUAUUCACUCAAGAGAAUUGGGACUUCCAUUCAGAGCUUGAAACAGAGCCCACCACCAGACACCGCAACUGGAUGGCCGCCAAGAAAGAUAUCACAUGCAAAGCGACAGGUAGCGUCAUCAAGGCUGGCCAGGAAUUCGAUUGGUUUGAUUCGCACAAAUACGGGCCAAUGUCGGUGCAGAAAAUGUGCUCCGAGGUGGGAUUGAAGGUUUUGAAAUCUUGGAAAUCGGAGAACUCUGAAUUUUAUUUGUACUGGGUUGGACUGUAUGAUGCCCAGUUUCUCGAGGACACCGUCAGUGGCGUAUCAAGCCUGGGAUGA